CUCUCUCUCAGAGCAGUGGGGUCUGAGGCUUGCCUCCUUUAGGGAAUAAGAACAUCUGGGUUUGUGAGUGCAGCAACAGAGGAGUAAAAACUCUUGGAACUUCUCUGCACAUUUCCUGUGUUUGGAGGUCUAACUUUUUUCCUCUCUUCUCUCUCUCCCUCUCUUUCUCUCUCCCUCUCCCUCUCUCUCUCCCCUGCUGCUGCGUGGUGCUGCUUCACUCUGGCAGUGGGGCAGUCUUCAACAGACGUGUCAGCCCUCUUUUGUUUUCUUUAUCUUUCUUUCUUUCCCUCUUUGUUUGCUUUCUUUUGUAAUGAGCCAUGGUGGUCCUGUUAGGCUGACGGCUGGAUGCCCUCUUUCACGAAGGUUGAGCUGACAAGAUUCUUACACUGCUAGCUCUCCGCGAAGACGCUGCAGAGAAGGCCACAAGAAGAGACCCAGCUGUAGCAGGUUCUGAUGAGACACACAUGGAAAUGAGUCCUUGAUGAACAUUCUGGGAUCUCUGCAACAUCGUUCCUUGUGUUUACAAAACCAGCUAAGCAAACUGAACAAAUGGAGGUGGUGGACUUCUUAUGGAUGCUGGUCACCUUAAGCCAUGUCCUACCCCUGGGCCAGACAGAGAGUGUGCUGAGGGUGAAAUCUGGACUCCAGGUGAUCAGAGGCCAGAGUGUAUCGGUGACCACAGAAGAGCUUCAGUUCAAUACUGAUGAGAGCUCAGAGGCAUGCAAAGUGGAGGUAGUGCUCAACGAGCCUGUGACUCAAAGGGUGGGGAAGCUUACUCCACAGGUGUUUGACUGCCACUUCCUCCCCGAUGAGGUGAAGUAUGUCCAUAAUGGCAGCCCAUUACUGGAGGAGGAUGUGGUCAUGCUAAGAGUCUAUAGGUUCACAGAUUCAGAGACAUUCACUGAGACGUUCCUGUUGGAGGUUCAGGUGUUGGUACCCCAGAAGAGUCUGAUUGAGUUUGGGAGCAUUCCUUUGGUGGUUCCAACAUUUUAUGGCCUCUCCAAUGCAAUUGACAGCAAUGUAUUGACCUUCAGAACUCUGCCCAGCGUGAUCUGUACAGUUCGUCUCCUCAGCUCUGAGAUCAGUGUCCCUAUGCUGGGUCAGAUGGUUACAGAGGAUCCAGCUCAGACAGACCAGGCCUCUGAGCCUAUCACUGGGCCAAGGAAAGGUCGAGAAACAGCUAUCUCCUGCCCUGGAAAUAAGGCCUGCGUCCACAAUACUAGAGAGGUACACUUCCUGAAAACCAGCUGCAGUGAGUUUCUUACCUCAGGUCUGAAGUAUCAGCACCUCAGCCCUCCUUCCCCAGAGAUUGACUAUGUCCCCGUUAGAGUGGAGCUCCGGGACCAAACCACUCGAGCUCUUCUUGAGGCUGAAAGCAUUUGGCUACCUGUCUUGAUCCACGGUGCCAUGCAGAACCAGCCUCCUCAUGCUGCCUUCAUGUCCAUGUUCAUCCUGGAGGUGGACCAGUUCAUCCUGACCCCCAUGACCACUGCCGCUCUGGACGCCAAAGAUGAUGAGACCCCUCAGGCCCAGUUAGUUUUUAAUGUGACCAAGCCACCCGCAGAGGGCUACAUCACGCAUUUGGACGAUCACACCAAGGCUGUCUCCUCCUUCUCCUGGCAAGACCUGAAUGAGAUGAAGAUCGCAUACCAGCCACCAAACAGCAGCCACACCAAUAGGAGAAACUAUGAGGUUGAGUUUCAGGCUAUUGAUGGCUUCUUCGCAACUAGUGCUCCUAUUAUGGUUCACAUCUCUAUCCGCACUGCAGAAACAAACGCUCCACGAGUCUCCUGGAAUCUGGGACUGGAUCUACUGGAGGGUCAAUCCAGACCCAUCACAUGGGAGAACCUGCAAAUUGUUGAUAACGACAAUUUAGAUGCUGUGACGCUGGUCGCUGUGGAUGGUCCGCUGCAUGGACGACUGAGUGUUCGAGGUGGAAAGGGCUUCAUGUUCAAAGUGAAGGACCUGCGUGAGGGUGUGGUGGUGUAUCAUCACUCCGACAGUGAUACCACUAGGGACCACAUUGUCUUCAGAAUCAUGGACGGCCGCCACAGCAUCCGUCACAAGUUCCCCAUCUACAUCCUCCCCAAAGACGACACUCCUCCCUUCCUCAUCAAUAACGUGGCCUUUGAGGUGCAGGAGGGGGGGUCAGUGCUAGUGGAGGAGUACAUGCUCCUGGCAUCAGAUUUGGACUCCAGUGAUGACUACAUACAGUACCAGAUCACUACUUCCCCUCGUGCUGGUGAGCUGGUCAAAAAGACCUCUCCACAUGACCCAGCAGGUGUUCCAGUCACAACGUUCAUGCAGAGGGACCUCUUUCAGGGUCUGAUCUACUACAGACACUCAGGAGAGGAAAUGUUUGAAGACUCAUUUGAAUUCAUCCUCUCUGACAUCCAUCAUCCUCCAAAUCUAUCUGACAAACACACAGUGGUGAUUCAUGUGUUCCCGGUGAAGGAUCAGCUGCCAGUGGAGGUCUCUGCCACAGUUCGUUCCAUCACAGUAAAAGAGACCGAAGUCGUUUACAUCACACAGAGCCACCUUCACUUCCGAGCCCCUGAGCACCCGGACACUGACCUCAUGUACCUCAUCACCCAGCCCUGUUUCAGCCCUGCUAAGCCUGGGCUCCCAGAUGCAGGCAGACUUUUCUACACAGAAAGCACAAAGUCCAUGAAAAAGGACGCCAUGGUUCCAGUGCUCAGGUCAUUCACUCAGCAUGCAGUGACCCACCACAAAGUGGGCUACAUGCCCCCUAUAGAGGAUAUUGGUCCCGAGCCACUCUUCGUGCAGUUUAUCUUCUCUGUAAGUGACCAACAGGGCGGCGCUCUCACUGGGCUUGUGUUCAAUAUUACAGUCACGCCCGUGGAUAAUCAGGCUCCAGAGAUAUUCACUAACCUGCUGAGGGUGGAGGAGGGUGGCAGUGGUUUCCUGAUGGAGGAGCACCUGUUGGUGCGAGAUGCAGACAGCCCAGAGGAGAAACUCAGGGUGCAAGUACGGACCCAACCCAGGCACGGGACGCUGGAACUGCAGGGUGUGGUUUUGGCAGUUGGGGACAGCUUCCACCUGCAGGACCUAAAAGCACUGAGAGUCAGAUAUAUUCAUGAUGACUCUGAGACUUUGAAGGACAGUGUAGGACUCACAAUCACAGAUGGAAUCAACUCUGCCCAGAGUGAACUCUUAGUACAGAUCCUCCCUGUGAAUGAUGAGCCCCCUCAGUUGGGCUCAGGCCUGAGGGCUGGACUGUCCUGUGAGGAAGGCAGUCGUGUGCAGAUCACUACCGAGUAUUUAUUCGCCACAGACGCGGACAGUGACGAUACUCGUCUCACCUACAUGCUGGCUCGCACCCCAGCCCGCGGGGUGCUGCAGCGGGACGGAGUCACCGUGGACAAGUUCUCACAGCUGGAUGUGCUCAACGGCCUUAUCUUCUACCUGCACACAGGCGGUGAGAUCGGCCCAGACCCCGUAUCUGACACGGUCACUCUCAUAGUGUCAGAUGGGGAGGGUGGAACAACAGACGGCUGCUGCCAGGAAGAUGCUGUCCCACCACCCGUCCCCCUGCAUGGGACACUUCCUGUCUAUGACCUCAACAUCACUGUGCUUCCUAUUAACAACCAGCCGCCAUCCAUAACCAUAGGAAACAUGUUAGUGGUGGAUGAGGGCUCUAGCGUAUGUCUGUGUGGAGGUGUGCUGGCAGCUACAGACCCUGACACGAAGCCAGAGCAGUUAAUCUUUCAGCUGGAGAGCCCACCUCAGUAUGGCUUUCUGGAGAACACCCUGCCCUCACCUGGCUUUGAGAAGAGCAACGCUGGAAUCCGAGUGGUUUCUUUCAGCCAGCUCCACCUGACCUCGGGGUUCAUCAACUACGUCCAGUCGGUCCACCAGGGUGUGGAGCCCACAGCAGACCACUUCACCAUUAGUGUCAGUGAUGGAGUCCAUAAGUCAGGGCCUGUACCCCUCUAUGUUAUUAUCAACCCCACCAAUGAUGAGACCCCAUCUCUGCUGCUCCACAACUUCACAGUCAUGGAGGGAGGAAUAAAAGACCUGAACCCGGCCAUUCUCGAUGCGGUUGACCUGGACGCUCCUUCAGACAUUCUCACCAUCACUGUUCUGGUGCCCCCUGCUCACGGGAUGCUGCUCAACGGGAUCUAUGGGCUGGAGAUGAGCCGGUAUAAAGAGAUGGGUCAAGAGCUCCUGCAGAGGAGUCCACCAGUGCAGUCCUUCACCAAGCAAGCGCUCCGACAAGGAAUGAAGAUCAUAUAUAUGCACGAUGACACGGAAACCCUUAAGGACAGUUUCACCAUGCAGCUGACAGAUGGCAGGCACACUGUCCAGGGGACGGCGUGGGUCCGCAUCCUACCAGUCAAUGAUGAAAAGCCACGGCUGCUAAAGAAUGCAGGUGUGGAGGUGGAGGCUCUAGAUCGGAGGGUUAUCUCCAGUGUAGUGCUGGAGGCAGAAGACACUGACACCCCCACUGACCAGCUCUACUAUGUUCUCAAUGCAAGCCCCAGGUUUGGCCUUCUGCAGCUGAAGACAGACGUUGGAUGGACUGACCUGAAUGCAGGUCAGAACUUUACUCAGGAGGACGUGGAGAUGAACCGCCUGUGGUACAAACACACCACCUUCAGUGGGUUCAAAGGCCAUGACCGCUUCCACUUUUUCCUCACCGAUACUGACAACCAGACACCUCCUCAGAGUUUCUUCAUCUCUGUCCACACAGUUCCAAAGGGUGACAUUGCUCUAAUCACUAAGCCUGUGACCCUAAUGGAGGGAGAGAGGGUGGUGCUGACCACGGACGUUCUGAUGGCCACGGACAGCGGAAGCCGUUCAGACGAGCUCAUCUACACUGUGACCGUUUCACCUAAACAUGGACAUCUCCACAUGGUCCAGCACCCUGGGGUCCCCCUGUUCACCUUCACCCAGAUGGACGUGGCGGCCCAUCGGGUGUGCUACACUCACGACAACAGUCGCUUCGCUGACCAUGACUCAUUCAGCUUUGACAUCAGCAAUGGCGUGACGUCCAGAAGCGGUUCCAUUAGUUUCACUGUUCAACACAGUGACCGUAUUCCACCCACUCUGAGCAUCAACACAGGCCUCCAGCUGAGCGAAGGUUCCACCCAGAUCAUCUCUCCUGAACACCUUCAACUAACCGACCCUGAUACAGCCUUUGAGAACCUCACAUACACCCUCAUUCAACCGCCACAGUAUGGCAAGCUGCUGCUUAAAGGCUUCCCCCUGUCCCAGGCCCGCUUCACACAGUUAGACAUCAACAACAUGCAGCUAAGUUACCAGCACCUCAACAGCUUCGCCAAAAUUGACAGAUUCACCUUUCAGCCGUCCGAUGGAACCAACAAAGGGUACCUGGAAUACGGGCAGCUAAGGGAGCAGCCAGCAGUUUUCACAAUACAGAUAGAGGUUAUAGACAAGACCCCCCCUCGGCUUGUGAACAAAGGGACCCCCAGUACGGUAGAGAACCUGCAAGAUGAUAAACAUGGGAUCUAUAUCACCACCAAAGAGCUACAGGCCUCAGACCCGGACAGCCCUGACCAGGAACUGGAGUUUAUCAUCACUAGACCUCCACACUUUGGAUACCUCGAAAACGCCAUCACAGGUGGCUAUAUUAAAGGGCGCUUCACCCAGAAGGAUGUGGACCAGCGAGCCGUGCGCUAUGUCAUUCCCUCAGACAUGGAGGUGACUGCAGACAGCUUUGAGUUUCAGGUCAAGGACCCAGCGGGAAACACCAUGCUGCCAGAAGUAAUGGAACUGCGGUGGUCUCGUGUGGAGCUGACAGCUUCCUGUUACCGUGUUUGUGAGAACGCAGGAACUCUAGCUGUGCAGGUGAUGCGCAGUGGGAACAGCGCAGACCCCGCCUACGUUGGCAUACAGGUGGAAGAGGGCACAGCUAAAGUGGGAAAAGACUUCACCACCAGCUCUGCUAGUCUGAUACAGUUUGAUCCAGGAGUAAAUGUCAAAUUUUGGAACAUAUAUCUCAAAGAUGAUGGCCUGGAAGAGAAUCAUGAGAAACUGGAAGUUGUCCUGAAAGCCCAAAAGAAUGUUGUUUUGGGCCCAAUAAGCAAAGCCACGGUGGAGAUUGUGGAUCCCCGAAACGGUAGGUGUGACCCAGAUGAUCUGGUUGUAGAGGACGAUGAGAAAAACCCAACCCUUCUCCAUCCUCCACGUAUUCACAAGCCUCCAACACCACCACCACCGCCAGCACAAGAAGAAGAGUAUACCCCUGACCCAAAUACUGGGAUCAUAUGGGAGAACCAUCCACCAAGAGGAGAUGUCCCAUAUCGCACGCAGUUCAUUCGCUUCAGCAGUGCAGAGCCUCAGGACCAAGCCUUCUUCAGCCAAGGCAGGAGACACACUAGAGUGCUGGGCAAUAACAGACACAGAGUGAGACAGGAUGCCUCACAUACACCAUGGCUCCAUAGCUUGAUUCCCUUGAGGCCAUUGGAGGUGCCCCGUGUCCAUCCGGAGGUGGAGGUCACUCCAAUCUGGAGCUGGAAUGGACAUUCUGCUGACAUCAGAUCAGUGGAAAUUCCUCAGAGAGACGGAAUUCCUAGUGGCUUCAAUUCAGCCGUACAGCAGCACAAGUCUGCAAAGUCUGUUAGUGUUGGCUGUCUCACUGGAUGGACCCAUUACAAAAGGAGCUGUUUUAUCCUGGGUCCUGGUGUAGCCACCUGGAGCAGCGCUCAGCAUGCAUGCUCAGUGCUUGACGGUCACUUGACAAGCAUUCGUUCAAAGGCUGAUAUGAAAUGGCUGUGGAGGUUUGCUGGAAAACAACCCUUCUGGAUUGGGCUUUCCGGGACUCCAGGGCAGUGGUCCUGGGCCGAUGGGGCGCCGCUGACGUUCUCCAGACUGAAGAAGGUCAAAACUUCAGGCCAGCAGGACCCUGCCAAUUCCUCUCACAGAUGUAUUCUGGCCCAAGACCAAAAGAAAUGGACUCCAAAACACUGCACAGCAGAAUCAGAACACAAAUAUAUUUGUUCAGCACCUGCGCAAGUUAAUAAAUAAAAAGACAAUACAAAUAUGCUGACUAUACACCAACUUGCGCCACUUCUUUCAAAUCUGUAAACAUCCAAUAAACAUUUGAUUGAA